AUGGCUUCUUCUUCUUCUUCAACAGCGGAAACAGAUGACACAUCCUGGUACGGACCAAAGGCCUUACUCGAAAGGAAGUCCUCGUCAAAGGGGUCUAUCAGAGGCAGUGGACCUCUGGCCGCGCUCAAGCUGAGAAAAUCCCUUUCGCGCAAUACGGAAGGAGACGAUUCCAACCCGUGGUUUCAGGAGCGCUCUGACCCAAGCCCUUGCCCAGAUAUUUCAGACGAUGAGUCAGGUUUGUCUUUGGCUCAGGAAGCUGAAGGUGUGGGUAUUAAAUUCGAGAAAGUCAAGAGGAAACGUUUGAAGAGAAAGAUCGCCCGCCAAAUCUUCAGCAAAGAAAAAGAUGGCAAGAACGCAGUUGCAACGAAUCAGGGAAGUUCGAGCAGCCGGUCAUCACAAGAUAUAUUAGUGCCUCCAUCGCCUUCUAACGAUAGCCAGAAAACUACAUCAGAUGUGACGGUAGAAUCCAUUGUGAGCAGCGCUGUUCUAGAGAAAGAUCUUCGGAAAGCGCUUUCUGCCAAGAGGCGACUUGAGGAUGUACUGGAAAGGGCUUUAGUGCUGAGGGAACGGCCUCCAGAAGAUCUCUGCAGCCAAUUUUAUAAAUACCUGAGCUCAAGCACUGCUGUGGAACGGGGAGUAACAAUCAUUCUAAACGGCGGCUUCACGGCCUCGGCGGCUUCAAUGAAGUCAUCGUUUGCAGCCAUACCAAAACAUCGUGUUUACAGUGAGCUUCUCUCAUCGGCUUACGUAAAUGGCCCGUCCCGCCUGAGAAAGGCCGUUUUAAGUCAGACUAAGGCGAAAGCACAGAUCCUGACAUUCCUUACGCAAAACGCUGGAGACUUGGGGUCUAGAACAGAAACAUACUCGUUUAAGGUUCGCUGCUUGGUUAAAGUGUUGGCGGCAAUUUUGGCAGAGAGCCCAUCCGAUGUAACGGACUUUCUCUCCGGAAGCCAAGGCUGUUUGCAUUCCUUUGUCAGAUACCAAAUUCGUGUGGCAGAAGCUGCUGACUUUAUUUGUCAAUUGUGUGCGGCAAACGCCCUGUCGGAUGCACCAGGAGACGGACUUCGGUACGGAGCACCGAAUGCAGCUGGAAUCGCGUUGCUUCGGAAAGAAGGCAUUAGUGACUUGCUAGUUCGCGUUUUUGAGGAGUCGUGUGAGACAAGCGUGGCGGAAACAGAUAGUAGCGCACGUUGGCAACUGCAAGUAAUGUCAAUGGGAUGUCUGGUUGAACUCAGCAAGCGAUCUGUCGUUGUUCCAAAGUUUUCAAAGAACAAUUGUUCGUACAGCAACAAACACAUCAAGUCAUUGAAUGCAGCAUUGCAAAACAUUGAUUUGUUUCAAAACGUUGAGCGCGCUUCCCGGUUACUGCGGGCGGCGUUGAGCUGUGCAGAGAAGACCGGAAGAGGUAGUGGACAAGCAGAACAAGGCAAAGACUGUAAUGCCGGUGUGUGUGUGUUAUCUUCAGUAGCGGAGCUACUGGACAUGGUGUCGUCCGCAGGUGACUCAAAGUCAGUAGUCACGCGACGAACUGUUGGCAAGAUCAACACGAAAGAUCUGGAGCGAGUACUCUUGAGUCAAAUCGGGGUGCUUUGCAGGCUUCUGGACCAAGGGCACGAGGUUGAGGGGCGAGGAAGAUUGAGUCUUGAGAUUGUGAAAGUGUUUCGAAGCCUAUUCGAGUCGCGAUCAGAUGACACGCGAAUUGCGCUUGUGGAUGCAGGGGUCCCAGAAUGCGUGCUGCGGGCCGUCCGAAAGAACAAGCUAUGCAGCAUUCUGCACGGUUGCGUGGUGGAAUGCAUGGCGGUUUCGCUUCGUCGGGAAGAGAGCGGGCGGUUGCAUCACGAGUGGCUAAGGGCACUAAACAAAGUGGGAAUGCUAGAAGAAAUGGCGAGCGUUCUCGAAGGCAAGUGCGGGACCGACAAGAGCGAGCAGGAGGACGCAUGGAGCACCUACCGAAGCACGCUGGUAGACUUGGGUUUUGUCCUGUGCAUGUUUUCGCAAAAUUUGACUCGGGCUGCGUUUCGGCGGCUGUUUGAAAGCGAACAGCAGUACCAGACGUUCAUCGGAAAAAUAGAAGUGGGCUUGGGGAAGGUAGCAAACAGUAGAGAAGGGGCAUGUGGGGGGCCAAAGCCGGAAGGGGCAGUGGUAUCGGUACUUGCUAAUGCGGACGCGCUGGCGGCGAAGAUUAAUGAUGUGGAUGCAGUUUAA